AUGCCACCAUCAAACCUCUUCUCUACCAUUCGGGCUGUGUCGCGAAGGGCCACUAAUCCUCGACUACCAACCAACCACCAAAGAGCCCUCGCACCAUUCUCCACCUCCCGCUUCUAUUCACAGCAAGACACUCCCUCACAACCACAAUCACCACCACCACGUCGCGCAACCACAAUCCCGCGCCCGCAAGAAAGAGUCCCGCCAAAAGCACCACCACCCUCCAAGCCAACCUACGAACUGACAUUCACAUGCAUCCCGUGCUCCACGCGAUCCACCCAUUCCGUCUCCAAGCAAGGCUAUCAUCACGGCAGUGUGUUAAUAACAUGUCCGGAAUGUAAGAAUCGUCAUAUUAUUAGUGACCAUUUGAAUGUAUGCGUCCCAUCCUCGCUUUGGUUUAGUGUAAGUACUGAUCAAUGGGAAUAGAUCUUUGGAGAUAAGAGUAUUACGAUUGAAGACCUGAUGCGGGAGAGGGGAAUGAUUGUGAAAAAAGGUACCCUGAGUAAUGAUGGGGAUGUGGAGUUCUGGGAAGAUGGGACGUCGAAUGCGAGGAUUCUGGAUGAGUCUGCGAAACCAUCAGAUGGAGCGACGUAGAUUGAAUGAUUUGGAUCAUGGAAAAGCUGGGGAGAAGAAGUCCUAGGAUUGGUCAACGACAAAAAUACCCCGCAUGACGAGGCCAAGAAAGGGUCAUAAUAAACGGUUAUGGUUCCAUGGAGCUGGGGAAACUCUUUGAGUGUGGGGAGGCUCAGAGCUGUAAGAAUAUUACGGGCGCUUUGUUGGACUCGAUCCAGUUAUUUGGCAUGAAUGCAGGUCGGCGUAUUG